AUGACUCCCACGAACGGCUCGACCGAUCCUCGAGAAGGAGACGAGCGUAUCAAGGCGGUUUUGCGGCAGGCGACCGAGUUGGCGAACGAAGUGGACCCGCUGUUUACGUGGGAAGAGCUGUGCGAGAUCGUUGCCGAGUGCCGCCUCGAACUCCUCGAACGACACCCACGCCUCGAGGAUCUCUACACCACGACCUUCAACCCACUAAUCAAGUCCCUCUACGGCUCGACCGAGUCGUACCUGCGCACACAACUCGGGUGGGGAAGAGAACCGGAGAAGAAGGAGGAGGAGGAGAGGGAGUAUUGGACGAGAGGGGGGGUGACGAAUGUCAGGAGGAAUGAUUGGCCUUAUGCGGUUCCGAAGGAUGUUAGACACUACGUCGUCUGGGUUCCCCUCCCCCUCUUCCACCCAGCACUCUGCACCCCCCGCCCUACGAACCUACUCGACCUCCCCCCCUCUCCCUCCCAAAGCGGCACCUCCACACCCUCCGGCUCAUCACGCACCAACCCGCUCGCAAAACCAUUCGCCCCUCCGCUCCCCCACGAACCGUCCAUCUGCUCGUCGUUGUCGCCGAGUGUGAGUAGGGUGGGAAGGGCGAGUGUGGCGCCUACGAAGGGGAGCUGGGAUUUCGUGUGUCGGAAUGGGCUGGGAGGACUGACGGGACGGGCGGAGGAGUGGUGGCGCGUGCGAAGGAGGGAGAAAGAGCGCCAAAGGGGGGUACAGGACGAUGGAGGGAUGGGAGCGGGGGAGAACGAUCAGCAGGGAGCGAGGAGGAGUGAGGAGUACGACGAGAAGCAGGGCCCGGAGAAGGAGAUCCGCGCGUUUGUGCUGAAGAAGUGGAGGGUCGAGGAUGGGUGGGAGACGGCUUGGUUCGCCAACCCACCAGGCCUUCAAAGCGUCCCCGGCCUGGCGCACUUCCACGUCCUCGCACGAAGACAUCCCGUCACGAACGGCACAUCCGAGUAG